AUGGAAGAAGGCGAUUCAACAAACGAGAGACACGUGCAACUCACAUUUUUCAGUAAUGAGAAAGAACUUGCCGAUAUUCCUGAAGUUGUAUUCGAUGUUCCAACUUCAGCCGAAUGCGACGAUCUCAAUUUAUUGCUCAACAAAACUAUUGAAACAACAAAUGGUAAUUCUUGCAGAAUUUUACAAGAUUUUCAAAAUGUAUCAAAUUUUUCAGACACAUGGAAAGAUCGUCGUUUCGAAUUUUUAGUUGGUGAAACAUUUCUUCGUACAAGUCUUGCUGAGUUUAUUGAAGAAUUUGAAGUUGAAACAGAAACUGUUUUGAAAGUGGAAUGUGUUAUUGGAGUAGAAGCACCAAAGCCUCUUCAUGAUAUUCAAGCUCCUGAUUGGGUUUCAUCUGUUCAAAUUAGUAACAAUUUGUAAGUUUACAUUUUACGUCAGAAAAGUUUCUCAUUUUUUUCAGUAUUUUCUCAACAACAUAUGGCGGAGAUAUUGUUAUUGUUGAUAGAAAAGGAAAUGAAACAAAAUUAGCUGUUAAUUCAGCUAAUAAAAUUUUGAAAUGCAGUGCGAUCGUGAAGAAACCAGGUUUGUAUUUAAAUAAUUUCAAUAGAGCGUUAUUAUCGAUUAUUAUUUCAGCAAAAAACGACUUGAAUGGAACACAAUUAUUGGUAGGAAGUGAAAGUCAACUUCUCACAUUAUAUUCAAUUGAAAAAGGAGCUCUCACCGAAAAUGUAAGAAAUUAUGAGAAACAAUCAGCUUCUCAUAAAUAUAUCAAUGUUUAACAUUUCAGUUGAUUCUUCGUGGACAUGAAAGAGCUGUUGAAUGUGUUGCUGUUAGUUCAGAUAUGUCAAGAGCCAUUUCUGGUUCGGUUGAUCAAAACAUCAAAGUUUGGAAUUUGGAUGGUUUGUUUUUUAUUUCACUUCUAAAAAAAACUCAAAUAUUUUGUUUUAAGAAAAUGAUCAAACUACAAAUUAUGAAAAACAAGAAGAAGAAACUAAAACGAAAAAGAGAAGAAAAGAAGCAAUUACAAAGGUUCCAAUGGUAACAAUUGGUGGACAUCGGGAUAAAGUAACUGAUAUUCAAUGGUGCCCUUGGAAAACAUCACAUGCUUUUUCUUCAUCUUGGGAUCAUUCAGUUGUCGAAUGGGAUCUUGAAUUAGGUUUGUAACAAUACUUAUUUUUUAAAUAUAUUAUCAAACAACUCAUAUUUUUUAAGCUGGAGAAAUUUCCCGAACAAAAGGACCCAAAUCAUUCACAAGUCUUGAUUUGAAUUUAUCAACCGGAUAUAUGAUUACAAGUUGUACUGAUGCAGUUCCUCGUUUAUAUGAUCCAAAAUCGAGAGGUAUUUUAAAUUGAUAAUAAAUAAAAUAUCGAAAAUAAUUUAAAUUUUCAGAUGGAACACUUGUCAAAAAUUCAUUUAUUGGACAUCAAACUGGCUGGGUUGAAAGUGUUAGAUGGAAUCCAAAUGAUUCCAAUCAAUUUGUUAGUGUUUCAACUGAUAAAACUGCAAAAACGUGGGAUAUCAGGUCAGUUUAUAUUCAAAAUUAACUGUUUUUUCAACAAAAAACUUGUUUUCAGAUCAUCAAAAAGUUCACUUUUCGAUAUUCAUGGCCACGAAGAUAGAGUUUUAUGUGUUGCAUGGAAUGAUAAUCUAAUUGCUUCCGGUUCAGCUGAUUGUACCAUCAAAGUUUUUGAGACUCGUUAG